AAUAUACGAAUUUUGCACUUAGGUUAAAAUAACAUAAGCCACCCAACUAGAACAAAAAACCAUCGCUUUAUCUUGUCGGUUUACAUCUCAAUUACUUAGAAUGGAAAACUGAGAAGCUACGAAUGUAAGAGAGAUUAAUCCGCAAUGCGAGUGAUUAACACAAAGCAGGCAUGUCUUUGCUGAAAUAGGUUCCAGCAAGGCGCUCUUGACUUUUAUAGUCUGGUGUCGCUUUUGUCGCUGCUUGGAGAAGAUCGCGGUUCAUUUCGCCACGUACACAGUAGGAACAGUAUUUAAGCUCAGGUGGUCAACAUGGACAUACGAUACCGUCGGGGAAAAUCGUCGGAAGAAAAACUCAGCGAGGCUCAAGCAAGAUCUAUCCCUGCUGACAAAUCAAAGAACUUCUUAGACUUCGCAAUGAGGGUGCGUCGACGAGUCCGUCAAGUUCCACUAAUCCUUUGCCUUAUGCUCCUCACAUCGUUCUUUCAAGUUGGACAGAGUGUAUGGCCGCUUAGUAUUCCACACCAGGCAUUUAUUGUAGGCAUCGUCCCUCAGCCUUGCCACAAUAUGGGAUUGUCCGACGAUCAGAAACAAAUAUGUAUGAGUGAGGCGAAUCGGGAGCUUUUACCUACAAUAAGAUAUGGUGCAAGUUUGGCGUACAAACAGUGUCAGUACCAGUUUAAGUAUCGCCGUUGGAACUGCUCUGUGCCUGAAAAAGAUAGCAAUUCCCUGUUUCGCCGAAUAACGGGGAAAGGUACGAAAGAGGCAGCCUUUACAUAUGCUAUAUCAGCCGCUGGUGUGGUGCACUCGAUAGCCCGAUCGUGCGUGGAGGGCAAUCUCAGUAUGUGUGGCUGUAGUCGGGAAAGAAGGCCUAAGGACUUAAACAGCAACUAUCAGUGGGGAGGAUGUGGAGACAACAUAGAGUAUGGCGCCAAGUUCGCAAAGAAAUUCAUGAAAGCUGGCGAGAACUCUAAACCGAAGGACACGCGUGAACUAGAAAGGAAGUUGAUGAAUCUUCAUAACAAUGAGGUUGGAAUACAGGUCAUUAGAGAUAAUUAUGAAAUCCGGUGCAGGUGUCACGGAAUUUCUCAGUCUUGUGAAAUCAAGACCUGCUGGAAGGAACUUGUCCAGUUCUCCACCAUUGGGGAAAAACUCCGCACCAUGUAUGAUAAAGCCGUCAAGGUCAGACUCGACAGAAGGACUGGGCGCCUCCUUAAAGGGAAUAAAAAAUCUGAGAACCAGAAGGUGACUGGAAGACGUAGAAGCACCUCCAACAAACCAACGAUAGGCAAUUUGAUUUACUUGGAAUCUUCACCCAACUAUUGCAUUAGAAGCAAGAGGCGUGGAAUUCUAGGUACCGCUGGUCGAGAAUGCAAAGUGGAAGCUGCGGAGGAUGGCAACUGUUAUGACCUCUGCUGUAGGCGAGGAUUCCUUCCGCAACAAGUUUUAGUUGUAGAAAGAUGCGAGUGCAAGUUUCACUGGUGCUGCGAAAUUAGAUGCAAGGAAUGCCGCCGUUAUCAGACAAAAUAUUUUUGUCUCUAAGAAGGCCACAUUUACCACAAGUCCACCAUGUCGGAUGACGACUUGCGUGUAGUCGCCAAAGAAGAGACUCAAAGUUUUACUUGUGACAAAGAUCAGCGAGAGAACAAAGAAGAAUGCGGCAACGUAGCAUUUAACUUUAUUUAAUUUAUUUCAUAAACCCUUAGUUUUAAACAACAUUUCUAGGAGUGAGAUUUAGAGCACUUCACUUUCAUUGGUGAGGUAAGAUUUAAUAUCUAAGAUCUGAUUUUUUUUCUUUCGCCAAAACUUCACCAAUUUCCUCCAGAAGCUAUAAUUACAAAGCCAUGAUUGUUGAAUCCGCUGGUGGAAACCCUUUUCCUCAGAAGAUCUACCUUCUCGAACAUUCCACUCAAGGCAAACGCUGCAGCAUCUCAGAGAACGUCUUCUGGCUAUCAUUACCAUCAUAUUAAUUUCCUAUCAAUAUUGUUAUGAUUUUCAACAUCCUCAUCAAUAUUACUUUUAUAUUUAUUAUCAUUAUCAUCAUUAUUAUUAUUUUCUCUGCUUGCUCUUGUUAUUUAAUCCCUCUAGUAAGUUUUUUAUAUUUGAGAAUAAUGACGAUAUGAAAAGACUAGCUAAAGAAAAAAAAUGGGGUAUUACAUUCGAGAUUUCAGAUUAUAUACAUUUCAAUGUAAAUACAAAGAAAUGUGUUAUUUUGACCCAAAGAUAUAGUUUAUCUUGAAGCGAGAGACCUCAGAUUUUAAUCGUUACCGAGAUAAUAACAGACAACGUAAUUUAACUCUGUUCCUGAAUGCGAAUAUUUUUUUAGAAACACGGGUAACCUUUAUUUCACCUGUGGAUUUAAUCGAUGAAAGAUAUUUUCAAACUGGUUUUACAAUUUUAGUUUUGUUGAUUAGGAAAACAGAUUUAAACUGAAUUUUAAAUUGAAGCCUUCCAAACAUUGAUUUAAAAAUAUUUUAACUCGGCCAUAGACUGAAAAUGAAUUUAUGCACAAAGUGACAAGCUUAUCUUAUCUUGUAAAUCGCUUUCAAUUGAUAAUGAAUACUCAAUCCGAGAUCAAUUUACAAAGAACUCUUUUGUUUCACGAUGUGAAAAGAGCAUUGAGGAGUUGGUCUGUACGAGACCCAUCUUGAUUCACCAAAACGUUCUCUGUCAUAGUAGCUCUGAUUCAAUCUAACAUUAGUUCAAAAGGACUUUCCUCUUUCUCUUAGGUUUGUAAUGCGUGAUGAUGAUUUGAGACAAAAAAGGAAAAUUCAAAUAAAUGGAAAAGGAAACCUCAAUAUCAAAUUCCAACAUCUAUUUCGGGCCAACUCUAAAAAUUACACAUGGUUAGUUUUCAAUGAGUUAAGGCAGAUUAGUGUACAGGAAUUGCGCGUUAAUCAUUCCGAGAUCUGAUUUUUUAUCACCUCUGUAAAAAGAUAUAUGAUAGAACUUGUUUGCGGUUUUGUGACUGUUUUUGUUUAAGGACCUGAAAAAUAUAUGUUAUUUAAGUAUA